GGGGGGGGGCCGGGUGAGCCCGAGGGGGGCAAGAUUAGGGAGGUGAGCGUGACUCAGGAUCGGCGUCUCACACCCCGGGCAGCCGCAGAGAGAGCGCGGCAGGGGCGUCGGAGGCACCCCAGGGAGAGCCGGGUUAUGGUGGCACCGGGCUGAGCGCCGGGACGCGCCGAGGCGGCAGCGGGGGCCGAGCCCGGAGCCAUGGAGGGGCCUGGCCAGGAGGCCUACGAGGAGGGGAUGAGGAGGAGCCUGGACCCCGAAGGCUACGAGGACCCCGGCCUAAAGAGCUCCCACCUGUCACUGGGCGAGAUGAGCAGGGCCGGCGCUGGCAUCGGGUCCCCCCUGCAGGCGUGGAGGGCCAGGGCCGAGGAGAUGAAUCCCCUGCGCCAGUAUCUGCCCGGCCGCCGGGGAUUUUAUGACCUGGACGGGAAGAGGCGCUCGGCCGGGGCCCCCCCGGGACACCCCAGCCGUGGCGAAGGGCAGCCUGUGUCAGUGAACGAUGUGGACCUGGAGGCAGCAGGGAGCAGGAGGCUCCUGUCCCAGCCGGACAGCCAUGAGGGAUAUGUGGAGCUGCAUGAGCUGGUCCUGGACAAUGCAAAGGACUUGUGCUGGAUGGAGGCUGGCCACUGGUUCAAGCUGGAGGAGGACUUCCAGGAAUCAGGGGACUGGAGCCAGCCCCAUCUCUCCUUCCUGACCUACCACAGCCUCCUGGAGAUCCGCCGGGCUCUGAACAAAGGUGCCAUUCUCCUCAACAUGGAGGCCAACUCGCUGCCGGCCAUCGUCCACAUCCUCCUGGACCAGCUGAUCUAUGAGGGGCAGAUGAAGCCCCAGGACAGGGAUGAUGUCAUGAGGACGCUGCUCCUGCGCCACAGCCACCCCACUGAGGACGAGUCGGUGUGGACGAUGCCGCCGGCGCUGGUGCAGCGCUCGGGCACCGGCCGGGCCGACGUGGAGCGGCCACUCCUGCGGGAGCAGCGGCCCAUGGAGAUGAGCAGGAUGGCAGGGAAGGAGCAGAGCGGGGUCCCCAAACCCCAACUCCUGGAGACGAUCCCAGAGGGUGCCGAGGCCACCCUGGUCCUUGUGGGCUGUGCAGCCUUCCUGGAGCAGCCAAUGCUGGCCUUUGUGCGCCUGAAGGACGCGGUGACACUGGACGGUGUCCUCGACGUGUCCAUCCCCGUCCGCUUCCUCGUCGUGGUCCUGGGGCCCGACACCCCCCAGAUCAGCUACCACGAGAUCGGCCGUGCCAUCGCCACCAUGAUGUCCGAGAGGGUGUUUCGCCGGGACGCCUACCUGGCCGAGGGGCGGCAGGAGCUGCUGCGGGGCGUGGAGGAUUUCCUGGAUGCCAGCAUUGUCCUGCCGCCCACCGAGGCCCCCAACGAGCAGCUGCUCCGCGCCCUGGUGCCGCUGCAGCAGGAGCUGCUCCGACGGCGCUACCAACCCCUGGAGAGGCUGCACAUCGGGGACUUCCUAAAGGAUCUGGGGCCGGACAAGGCUGAGGAGGAUGACGACCCCCUGCGCAGGACGGGGCGGCCGUUUGGGGGGCUGGUGCGGGACAUCCGCCGCCGGUACCCCAAAUACCUCAGCGACAUCAAGGACGCCCUGAACCCCCAGUGCCUGGCCGCCGUCAUCUUCAUCUACUUCGCGGCUCUGUCACCCGCCAUCACCUUCGGGGGCUUGCUGGGUGAGAAGACCAAGGGGAUGAUGGGGGUGUCGGAGCUGCUCAUCUCCACCUGUGUGCAGUGCGUGCUCUUCAGCCUCCUCAGCGCCCAGCCCCUCCUCGUCGUCGGCUUCUCGGGACCCCUCCUGGUCUUUGAGGAAGCCUUUUACUCGUUCUGCAGCAGCAAUGGCCUGGAAUACAUCGUGGGACGAGUCUGGAUUGGCUUCUGGCUGAUCCUGCUGGUGCUGGUGGUGGUGGCCUGCGAGGGCAGCUUCCUGGUGCGCUACCUGUCCCGCUACACCCAGGAGAUCUUCUCCUUCCUCAUCUCCCUCAUCUUCAUCUUCGAGACCUUCUCCAAGCUGGUCACGAUUUUCAAGCAUCACCCACUGAAGAGGGAGUACAACGUGCAGGCUGAGUUCCAGCCUGGUGUGCCGGAGCCCAACACGGCACUGCUGUCCCUGGUGCUCAUGGCUGGCACCUUCUUCCUGGCCUUCUUCCUCCGCAUGUUCAAGAACAGCUCCUUCCUGCCUGGCAAGGUGCGGCGCCUGAUCGGGGACUUUGGGGUGCCCAUUUCCAUCUUCAUCAUGGCACUGGCUGACUUCUUCAUCAGCGACACCUACACCCAGAAACUCAGCGUUCCCAAAGGGCUGCAGGUCACCAACUCGAGUGCCCGGGGCUGGUUCAUCCACCCCAUGGGUUCAUCCGCUUCCCCGUUCCCCAUCUGGAUGAUGUUUGCCUCCGUGAUUCCUGCCCUUCUGGUCUUCAUCCUCAUCUUCCUCGAGACACAGAUCACCACCCUCAUCGUCAGCAAGCCUGAGAGGAAACUGGUGAAGGGCACUGGCUUCCACCUGGACCUGCUGCUGAUUGUGGCCAUGGGGGGGCUGGCAGCCCUUUUUGGGAUGCCCUGGCUCAGUGCCACCACCGUCCGCACCAUCACCCACGCCAACGCCCUCACCAUCAUGAGCAAGACCUCUGCUCCAGGAGAGAAAUCCCAGAUCCUGGAGGUCAAGGAGCAGCGCAUCAGUGGCCUGUUGGUGGCUGUGCUCAUUGGUGUCUCCAUCCUGAUGGAGCCCAUCCUGAAGUACAUCCCCCUGGCCGUGCUUUUUGGCAUCUUCCUCUACAUGGGGGUCACCUCCCUCUUUGGCAUCCAGCUCUUCGACCGCAUCCUGCUCCUGCUGAAGCCCCCCAAGUACCACCCUGAUGAGCCCUACGUCACCCGGGUGAAGACUUGGAGGAUGCACCUCUUCACCUUCACCCAGAUCAUCUUCCUGGUGGUGCUGUGGGUGGUGAAGUCCACGCCGGCCUCGCUGGCUCUGCCCUUUGUCCUCAUCCUCACCGUGCCCCUGCGGCGCUUCCUGCUCCCCAGGAUCUUCCGGGACAUCGAGCUCAAAUGUCUGGACGCAGAUGACGCCGUGGUGACCUUUGAUGAGGCAGAGGGGACAGAUGUGUACAACGAGGUGCAGAUGCCCAGCUAAGGGCCGGCCCCCGGCCCCCCAACCCCCCCCCAGCCCCGCUUCCAUCUCCACUGCUGCCAUCCUGAGGCCACCGGGCAACCAAGAAGGACUGGGGACAGUCCCCACCUGCCCACCCUUGGGAACGGAGCCUUUUUUGUUUUUCCCCUUUUUUUGGUCUAUUUUUAAAAGUAUUUUGGAUGAUGUGAUCUCACCCCCACUUUGCUGCCUGCUGGGGAAGGGGCUGCUUGGGCUGGCCAGGCCCCACGAGCCACCCUCCAUUCAUGGCAAGGCGGGAUGUGUCACUGUCCUGUCCCCAAGGCCACCACCAGCGUGGGAAUGAGCCAGAGGAAGACCCUGGAGGGAGGAGGAGGAAGGCAGGGACAGGGAUACAGCAGGAUGGGGUCCUCCCACUGUCCUCCCUCUCCUUGGGGAGCCCCCCCAGCCCAGCCCCUCUCCCCAGAUGAACUUUGAACAAGCUGGGGCAGACCCUCCACCCUUGGAGCCCUUUUCCCAUUUUCUCCAUCACUGACUCCAUGGGAUGGUGGGAGCUGCUCCACGGCACUCCCAGCACAUCCCAGAGCCAGGAUGUAAAUAGUCCAGCAAGGUGGUUUAUACAUUUACAAUGAAAACAAUCAUGCUUAAAACACACAGAAAAAUACUUAAAAUUAUGCUGAUGCUUCUCUGCAGGUAGAAUUUACUUAGAGCCAAGCAAAAAUAAUAAAAAAAAAAAAAGGCUGAAAAAGCACCUCAAAAAUAGGAAAAAAAAGAAGAAAAAGAGAAAAAAAAAUGUAGCUGCAAGGAGUGAUCUGUAUAUUUGAUGCUACUGGGGGGGUUUGUAAUUUAUUUUUCAGGCUGGUUGUGCCCCCACUGCAGUGGGGCAAUGUGCGUGUGUGUAUAUACUGGAGAAUGAUAGCAAAACCUAGAAUUUUCUAGAAAAGAUGAUUUUAAAGAAUCCUGGUCAGGGCCUAAACUCUAUGGACCAGUCUGGCAGCGUCAUUUAACUGAUAAGUUCGUCUUAAUUAGUUAAUUAGUCCUCUUUAUUUUUAUAGCGUUUCAGGUAAAUCCAUGUUGUUUUUCCUUGAUUUUUCCCUUGCUUGCUCACUGUGUCUUGCCCCAUUUCCCGUGGGAUUGCUCCCAGUCCAGCCAAGCAUCCCCCAGUCCUGCCAGGGCUGAUUCUGCCCUGGGCAGCCCCAAUGGUUGGAUGUGACCAGGGUGCAGAGCACCAGAUCAGGCUCCAAAUUUGCUCCUUUUUGCAUAAAUCAGAGCAGGGGACCCCAAAAUCAGCAUUGGGGGGGGUGGGGGGGGUGGGAAGGGGCAGCCACACGUGCCUCAUGUUUGGGUUGGUUUAGUUUUAUUAAUUAUGUGUCUGAAAUAAAAAUGUUUUGAUAUUUGGGGGUUUCUCCUUCCCUUCCCCACACCUCUGUAUCAGGCUUUAAUAAACAAAUCAA